CUGGGGGGAGCACGGCGGGGGGGCGACGGAAUUCAGCCCUGAGUGGGGAAACUGAGGCACGGCACCAAGCGGGCGUGCGCGGCUUGGCGGGGGGAAACUGAGGCAGGGAGCUCAAUUUGGGGGGGGGGGACGGCCGUGCCUUGGGGGUGUCAGGGCUGGCUCCCACCCAGGGCACCCCGUCCCUCUCUCCUCCCCGUUAUGGGGGCAGCACCUUCCUCCUCCUCCUCCUCCUCCUCCUCUUCCUCCUCCCCGGGCCCGCUCUUCUCUUCCCACCGGCCCCCGCACGCAUCCUGCCAACUCCUUCCCCGCGGCCGGAGGCACCCAUGGGGCUGGCGCCGGGGCUGCCAGGUCCCCACAACCUCAGCUGCGUCUCCUACAAGCACCCCAGCGUGCGGGGGGGGUUGGGGGGCGCGGGGGGGGGCAGGGCCGGUACCGUCCGCUGCCCCCCCGGCCAGUGCUGCAUCGGUAUCUGGAACCAGAGCCACGCACUGGUGCAGGGCCUCGGGGUCCCCUGGGCAGCACCCUGGGGUGCCCCGGUGACGGCGAUGGUGUCCCCAGGCUGCUGGGGGGGCGGGGGGGCCGCCUGCCCCUCUCCCACCUGCGCCCCCAGUCCCGCGGGCCCCCCCGGCGGCUCCGUCUUCGUCUGCCUCUGCCGCGGCCACCUCUGCAACCGCAACGGCACCGGGACGGCCCCGGGGCUGGGGGGGCCCAGUCGCUUGGGGUCCGCGGGGACCCUCUGGCUGUGGGGUGCCGGUCCCCCCCUCCUCCUCCUCCUCCUCGCCUGCCUGGCGGUCCUCGGUCCUGUGUCCCUGAUUACGGGGGUCCCCGGGUGGGGGGUCCCUGCGUGGGGUGCCCCUCCGUGUCCCUGUGUCCCACGUGUCCCCACACCAGGGCUGCGACGGGCGAGGGCCCACACAGGGCGGCCCCCCCAGGGGUCCCAGGGGAUCGGGGUCCCCCCAGAGCCCCCCAGCCUGGACCUGCCUGCGCUGCGCUUCCUGCAGGUGCUGCAGGCGGGACGCUUCUCGGCGGUGUGGCGGGGCACCCUGCAGCAGCGGCCGGUGGCCAUCAAGGCCUUCGUGGCCGGUGCGGCCGGGCGCUUUGCGGCGGAGCGUGCGGUGCACGGGCUGCCCCUGAUGGAGCACGAGAACGUGGCCCGGCUGCUGGGCACACGGGGGGCCGGGCCCUGCGCCCGCGGGGGGCUCCUGGUGCUCCAGCUCUACCCCGCCGGCUCCCUGCGGCACUUCCUGGGGCAGCACGUGGGGACGUGGGCCGGCAGCGUGCGCCUGGCGCUCUCCCUCGCCCGCGGCCUGGCCUUCCUGCACCAGGAGCUCUGGCGCGACGGCCUGUACAAGCCCAGCGUGGUGCACCGGGACCUGAGCAGCCAGAACGUGCUGGUGCGGGAGGACGGGACCUGCGCCAUCGGGGACUUCGGGCUGGCGCUGGCGCUGCCACCGCGCACCCAGGCUGGCACCGGCGCCCGCCACGCCGUGCCCAUCCGCAAGGCGGGCACCCAGCGGUACCUGGCACCCGAAAUCCUGGACGAGAGCCUGGACCUGCGCGCGUGGGGCCGGGCGCUGCGGCAGGCGGACGUCUACGCCCUGGCGCUGCUCCUCUGGGAGAUCCUCUCGCGCUGCCAGGCCCUCAGCCCCGGAGCACCCGUGCCGGCGUUCCGGCUGGCGUACGAGGCGGAGCUGGGUGCCAGCCCCACGGGUGCUGAGCUCCGGCGCUUGGCCGUGGAGGAGCGGCGACGGCCGCUCAUCCCCCCCGCCUGGCACCGUGCCCCCCAGCCCGGGGGGGCUCUGCCGGAGCUGCUGGAGGAUUGCUGGGACCCCGACCCCGAGGCCCGGCUCUCGGCCGAGCGGGUGCUCCAGCGGCUGCAGCGUCUGGCUGCCGCCCCCGCCCCGGCCCUGCCCGCCGGCCCCCCCGGCCCCCCCGCUGCCCGGGCCGGGCCCCCCGCAGAUGAGCGAGAGAGCCCGGAGCUGUCACCCACCAUGUGGGACCCUGGUGCAGCCCCCCCACCCCGGGGUGCCCCCCCCGUACCCCCCCGGGCUGGACAAGAAGGCGGCGAAGAAGCUGAAGAAGCGGAUGAAGAAGGCUCAGAAGCAGCACAGGCGCUCUUCGUCCUCCUCCUCCUCCUCCUCCAGCAGCGACUCUGACUGAGGCCACCGCCCCGCGCCCGUGUCCUGCCGUGGCCACCCGGGACCCCCUGGGACCCCCUGGGACCCCCCCCCAUGUGCCCACAACCGCCCCAGCCCACCCGUGUCCUGCUGGGUGCUGUGACCAUCCACGGCCAGACGUGACCACCUGGGAUCGCCUGUGUCCUCCCGUGGCCAACCGUGUGCCUGGGACCACCCGGGACCACGCGUGUCCACGCGUGUCCACCCGUGUCCUCCUGGGACGUCCCGUGUCCACCCAUGACCACCUGUGACCACCUGAGACCUCCUGGGACCUCCUGUGUCCACCCAUGACCACCUGUGACCACGUGUGACCACCCAUGACCACCCGUGUCCUCCUGGGACCUCCCGUGUCCACCUAUGACCACCCAUGACCACCCGUGUCCACCUGAGAUCUCCUGUGUCCACCCAUGACCACAUGCGACCACCCAUGACCACCCAUGUCCUCCUGAGAUCUCCUUGUUGACCCAUGACCACGUGUGACCACCUGAGAUCUCCCGUGUCCACCCAUGACCACGUGCGACCACCCGUGUCCUCCUGAGAUCUCCUGCGUCCACCCAUGACCACCUGUGACCACGUGUGACCACCCAAGACCUCCUGUGUCCACCCAUGACCAUGUUUGACCACCCAUGACCACCUAUGACCACCCGUGUCCUCCUGGGACCUCCUGUGUCCACCCGUGACCACCCGUGUCCAUCCGUGACCACCCACGUUCACCCGUGUCCUCCUGAGACCUCCCAUGUCCGCCCAUGACCACGUUUGACCACCCGUGACCACCUGUGACCACGUGUGACCUCCCGUGUACCCCCGUGCCCUCGUGCCCAUGGGGUCCCCCCGUGUCCCCUCCCCCCAUGGUCCUGGGGGGGGCACCCCUGGGUGCUGGGGGGGGGGCAGGGGGGGUUGCUGGGUGCUGGGGUUCCCCCGCUGCCCCCCAAUAAAGCCCUGGACAC